CUUCUGCUUCUUCUGCUUCUUUUCAUUUUAUUUUUCUGUUGGGAAAUGACGUUGAGCAUAUAAACAACAACAUCUGUAAAUUAUCUGAUAAUGACAAUAACAAAACAGAAAAAACCGUGAGCGAUUUAAGCAUGAAAUUACAGGUCUAAGGUUGGAAAGUUUUGCAACUUUUCUAACUUGAAGCUUUUCCAAUUAUCCAACUUUUAUUUUAUUAAUAGGGGAAUUUUAAGUAGAUAAUGAAAAUUAAAAGGUUGAAGAUUGGGCAUGGGAUCUAUAAAGAUGUCAAAGGUCGAUUGCCGAUAUAUUUAACAGAUUGGGUAGAUGGAAUGAAUUAUCGAGUUAUUCCAUCAACAAUUUUUUUAUAUUUCAUUAAUUUGUUGCCAGCAAUUGCUUUUGCGCAAGAUUUAUUUGACAAAACUGACAAUACGUAUGGUUUGAAUGAGAUUUUAUUGUCGAAUGCCAUUGGAGGUAUUGCUUUCGGAAUAUUUGCUGGCCAACCAUUGGUGAUUGUUGGGGUUACAGGACCAAUAGCUAUAUUCAAUAUAACCGUUUAUGAUUUGGUGAAAAAUAAAAAGGACUGUGCCUAUUUUUCAUUCAUUGGAUGGACUUAUAUUUGGGGUAUGAUUAUACAUUUUAUAAUUGCGAUACUUGAUGGAGUUAGGUUUAUUAGAUAUAUUACAUCAUAUUCUUGUGAUACGUUUGGUUUGUUUAUCAAUUGUAUUUAUAUUCAAAAGGGGAUCGAGAUUUUAAUAGAACAGUUUGAAGUCAACGGCUUCGACGUUAAAGAAGAGAAUUAUUUGGCUAAUGGGUUUUUGUCGAUAGUUGUUUCUUUAUUAAUGGUGAUAAUAGGGGUUUCCAUCAACUUAAUUGGGAACUAUAGCAAUUAUUUCAGUCCCAAGAUCCGAAAAUUAUUAGUCGAUUACGGCACACCAUUCUGUGUUAUAUUUUUAAGUGGAUUUAACCAUUUUGGCGGACAUUUGAAAGAAGUUGAAUUGCAAAGGUUGAAUACUUCAAGAAGCUUUUCACCUAGUGAUAAUAUACUAAGAAAUGGAUGGAUAAUUAAAUUUUGGGAAGAUAUAUCGGUGUCAAAUAUAUUUCUUGCCAUACCCUUUGGAAUAUUGUUGACUUUCUUAUUUUAUUUUGAUCACAACGUCUCCUCAUUGAUGUGUCAAGGGAUCCAGUACCCAUUGAAAAAGCCAUCUUCAUUCCACUGGGAUUUCUUUGUGCUAGGAAUCACUACAGGAUUGUCGGCACUAUUGGGGAUUCCUGCGCCCAACGGGCUUCUUCCCCAGGCUCCUCUUCACACAGAGUCGUUGUGUGUUGGAGAACAGGACGAAGACGGGAAGAUGCUUAUCACAGAAGUCGUCGAACAGCGCGUGACGAACACAGCUCAGGGCCUAUUGACGUUGGCGACAAUAAGCAACCCGCUUCUCGUGGUGUUGGGGCUGGUGCCCCAGGCAGUGUUGGCCGGAUUGUUCUUAAUCAUGGGCUUGCUUGGGGUCGGAACAAACGAGGUCGGCAGACGCAUCAAGUACUGCGUGCUUGAAAAGAGAUUCCGGCCACCAGACAGCGUGUUCACCAAGCUUUCAUCGCUCAAGUGGUUGCACGUGUUUAUUGGGUUGGAGUUGCUUGCGUUCGCCGCAGAGUUUGGCAUAACCCAGACGAAGGGUGCAAUUGCGUUUCCAGGGGUGCUCUGCGUGUUUGUACUUGUUCCGUACUGUGCACGAUGGGUGUUUCCGCCGCACGAUCUCCGGUUAUUGGACGGCAAAGCAGUCAACCGGUUCAUACUCCAAAAUCUCAGUUCGGUGUAG